GGCGCCCCCCUCCCCUCCCCCUCGAGCGGUGGCGGCGAGUGCGCCUGCGCUGUCAUGGCGGCGGCCUGCGCGGAGAUGGAGCCGGCGGCGGCGCCUCCUCCUUCCCCCUCUCCUGCUCCCUCCGCGCCGGGCUCGGGCGAGCUGGUGUGCGCGCAAGGCCGGAACCUGAAGGCGGUGCUGUGCCAGCGCUGCAGCUCCCGCGUGCUGCUGCCCGGCGCCGCCACCUUCGCCCGCCGUGAGCUCCUCCUGCCCGCCAUGCGGAAGAAGGCAGUCGCGGCAGGCAGCGGCGGCAGCGGCGGGGACGUGGUGCGGGAGCACUGGCUGGUGCGCGACAUGUUCUCCUUCGAGAACGUGGGCUUCACCCGCGAUGUGGGCAACGUCAAGUUCCUGGUGUGCGCCGACUGCGAGGCGGGGCCCAUCGGCUGGCACUGCCUCGACGACAAGGAGAGCUUCUACGUGGCGCUGGAGCGCGUGGCCCACGAGUGAUGCCGGCAGUGCGGCGGGCGGGCUGGAGAUGAGGAUGACGGGACCGCGGCCCUGGCACCCGCUUGGGGUAUGGGGGUGGGCCAGCGGGAGUCCUGCCUGACAGCCUGAAGAAGGCCCAGCCACCCCGCGGCCUGGCCACGCUACCGCCUGACAGACUGAAUGAGGCCCAACUGACCAAACCGCGCCUGCCUGCUCCACAUCCUGGCUGACUGACUGACCACAGCCCGGCUGCCCUGCAGCCUGACAGACUGAACCGAGGCUUUGCUGAAGGACCAUGGCUUGGCCACCUCACAGCUUUUCUGGCUGACUGCCCACGGCCUGGCUACCCCGCAUCUGACUUACUUGAACUGAGGCCUGGCUGACUGACCACAGCCUGGCUGACCCAUGGCCUGACUGACCUACAGCGCAACUGGCUGCUCCACAGCCCAGCUCACCAAUCCACCGACUGACAGACCAGCACCAAGAAGCGCAGCGUUGGCACUACCGGCUCCCUUGCCUGAGCCCGUGUGGAGAGGACAUCCCUGGUGGGAGAGUUGCCUGUGACCUGCAGUGCCAGCAGGGAUUGCUCACCAUGAGAUUUUUGCCAAAUAGUUCGAUCUGACACUUGCUAGGAGAAGUGGCCACAAGCCAUCCUGGCUUCUCUCUGUGACCCCUUCCUUGUGCACCAUGGGCAUUUGCAUGGCUCCCAGAUGGGCAGGGUGGUAAAAGCCACUUUUAUUUUCCAAGUGUGCUAGGAUAUCUUUCAGGCUGAUCAGUCUGUGACCCAGCUAUGUAAAUGUGGAUGGUGGCACAAGGGCAAGAAGACUAAGAGGACAGGACUGCUGCUUUGAAUUGUAGUGACAGCUUAAAUUGGCUGAACUACAGCCAAAGCAGUUAGGGGUUUAAGGUUGUAUCUUCUGUUGAUUUUCAAAAGAGAUGUUCCCUGCCCACAACCCUAACCGUUAGGUUCUGUAAAACCUCAUCCUAGUUCGCAACUGUAACCUAUAAAAAAUAUAUGGCACCUAAAGCAUGUGUAAGGCAUUUUAACUAACAUCAUGUGCAGUUUUAUUAACAAAUUUGGAAAUAAAUUAAGGUACAGAAAGAGCUUGCAGACAGCGUAGACUGAUGGAAUGGCAAAUAAAGACUGAUGUUGUAUAAAGCAGUCCUACAGCUUUUCAGAGAAAUUGUAGCCACAUGCAAGAUCGUAGUAUGUCCAGGAACCACAAAUGAGGAGAUUCCAUCCUGAAAAAGAUUUGAAUCAUCGGAGAAGCAACUGAACGAAUGCUCAGUACUGAAGAAUGUCAAAAAAGUUGUGUGUGUAUUAAAUAGAGAAUUCAGCAGGCAAAUUAUUUUCUGUAAAUGUUGGUUGUAAAAGCAAUAUUGCGAUACUGCAUCCAGCUCUGGCCUCCAUCUUUUAAAAGAUGGGCGCUGAACUGACUGAAAUUUGAAGGAAAGCUGCAGCAGCCCUGGUUCUCAAAGUCUUUAUCUUUUGGCAUUUGCAGCCCAGUUUCCAUUCUCAGUUUGCAACCCCUUGAAUACAGCUGCUUCAUAGUGAUAGUCUUGGGUCACAUCUACAGAGGGCAUGCCUUACUGUAGUAGGUGUGUCAGUACAAUGUGCUAAUAAAACAUUUUUGGUAUGAA